UAAACAGUGAAACCUUUUAGGCCCUGGGAAGUGUGUAAAGUGAGUACUUUACGCACGGCAGUAGAAAAAAUUAUUUAUUUAUUUUUUUUAAAUCAAAAAACCAAAAAGAAAAAGUUUAAGGAACAAUUGAAACGCUUGGCAACCGCGCUAAAUAAAGUUAUAAGGAUCACGCAUGUCCUGUCACGAGAGUCGUUACUGAAUAUUCGACCUUAAGUACGGUGCACCGAAGGCCCGUUUUGCCCCAUUUUUACGUAUCGGAAACACCAGCGCUCCGCGUAAAAAAUACCGUAACUAAAAUCGACGUUUUAUCCCGACGAAAAUUUUUAACAUGGCGCGUUUUGUUUGGAGUCCCUAGAAAAAUCCGAAAAAAUCAGAAUUCCUUAAUGGGUCGUCGCAGUAGGUCUAAGUCUCCUUUCGGCCAAGGACCGGGAAGAAGACGGGAUAAAGAAAGGGACAGAGAACGGGAACGGGAUCGAAUAGGGAGCGAUAGAGACAAGGAACGACACAGAAGGAAAAGGUCUAGGGAUAGGUCGCGGGAAAGGGACAGGGAAAGAAGACGUCAUUCGCACGAAAGACGUAGCAGACUGUCGCAUUCGAGGAGCAGAUCCAGGUCCUACGAGAGGAGCAGGAGUCAUUUAAUUACGGAAAAGAGGCCCACGGUUACCGCGGCAGAUUUGGAGGGUAAAACCGAGGAGGAACAAGAGAUGAUGAGACAAAUGGGGUUUUGCUCCUUUAACACCACCAAAGGUAAAAAGGUCGAGGGCAACGAUGUCGGAGGGGUGCACGUUAUUUUGAAGCGGAAGUAUAGACAAUAUAUGAACCGAAAAGGUGGUUUUAACAGGCCUCUGGAUUUCGUAGCUUGAAUGUAUUUUAGGCGAGUUCUUGUUGUAUAUGUGAACAACCAUAAUUUACCUCAGAAUCAGGUGUAUACUGCAGAUGAACAUACACACUUAACAUAGGCGAAGAGUACUCUCUCUUGUCGGUAAGAUUCACUUAGUGGGCAUUAUUUUAUAAAUAGCUAGUUAGUAUAGUGCUUAUUUUUUUAUGCAGGAAAAUCAGAUAACAAUGCAAUUAUUGCUUAAGCAAGUAUUUGAAGAAAAAUAAUUAAGUUACUCUCCUUUACUAAGGAUGACACACACAUUUCAAUAAUUGUUGGGACUAUGACUGAAUUAUCCUAAUUAAUUAUAAUAAUAAAAAUAUCAUUUAUUUUCUCAGUAGGAAGCACAUAUACAUACAUAAAGUUCUUUAACUGAAGAUGAAAGUCAUGUUGUAAUUCAAAAAAGCAAUGUACAUAUAAAUUAUUUACGGUUCCAGUUUAGAAAUAUUUAACUAAUUAUCUAGUUCCAAAAAAUUACCCACCAACACAAAUAUUUGCUGCUGGAAAUUUUAGUAAAAAAAACUCAUCGAGAGAAUAGCAGCUUUUCUCGAACAGGUAAUUCUUGAACUUUUCUUAAAAAUUUGGGGCAUUUGUUAUAUUAUGGUGCAAGUGAUUAUAAAUUUUAGAAGCAUUGUAAAUAAUAUUUUUCUGAUACAAUGCUCUUUGUAAAGCAUCUGGCAAUAUAAUUAUUAAUAUACAUAAAUACUUAUUUGAAGAAUGUAAAUUCCAAUUAAUAUAAAGGCUCUAUUGUUUUUAUAGUGCGCCCUGCAUUUAGGAAUGAAAAUUGGCAUAAUAUAAAGUUACCACAAUGCUCUGAAUUUAAGUUUAAUAGAUUUUGGCUGGAUCUUUCAAGACACCCUGUACAUUUAUGGAAAAAUGUGUAGUAAGAGAAUAGUUAGCUUCAACCUUUGACUAUAACAUACCAAAAGUCCAACCCUGUAUAGUGGGUCUAAGUAAAUAAUUUUUCAAUUUUUGAAAACUAGUUUUGGUUCAGUCCUAUAGGGUUUAAUACAUUUUGACUGGAUUUUUCAAGACACCCUGUACAUUUAUGGAAAAAUGUGUAGUAAGAGAAUAAUUAGCUUCAACCUUUGACUAUAACAUACCAAAAGUCCAACCCUGUACAGUGGGUCUAAGUAAAUAAUUUUUCAAUUUUUGAAAACUAGUUUUGGUUCAGUCCUAUAGGGUUUAAUACAUUUUGACUGGAUUUUCCGAGACACCCUGUACAUUUAUGGAAAAAUGUAUAGUAAGAGAAUAAUUAGCUUCAACCUUUGGCUAUAACAUACCAAAAGUCCAACCCUGUACAGUGGGUCUAAGAAAAUAAUUUUUCAAUUUUUGAAAACUAGUUUUGGUUCAGUCCUAUAGGGUUUAAUAAAUUUUGACUGGAUUUUCCGAAACACCCUGUACAUUUAUGGAAAAAUGUAUAGUAAGAGAAUAAUUAGCUUCAACCUUUGGCUAUAACAUACCAAAAGUCCAACCCUGUAUAGUGGGUCUAAGAAAAUAAUUUUUCAAUUUUUGAAAACUAGUUUUGGUUCAGUCCUCUAGGGUUUAAUAGAUUUUGACUGGAUUUUCCGAGACACCCUGUACAGUUAUAGAAAAAUGUGUAGUAAGAGAAUAAUUAGCUUCAACCUUUGGCUAUAACAUAUGAAAAGUCCAACCCUGUAUAGUGGGUCUAAGAAAAUAAUUUUUCAAUUUUUGAAAACUAGUUUUGGUUCAGUCCUAUAGGGUUUAAUAGAUUUUGGCUCCAAUUUUUGAGACACCCUGAACAGUUAUAGAAAAAUGUGUAGUAAGAGAAUAAUUAGCUUCAACCUUUGACUAUAACAUACCAAAAGUCCAACCCUGUAUAGUGGGUCUAAGAAAAUAAUUUUUCAAUUUUUGAAAACUAGUUUUGGUUCAGUCCUAUAGGGUUUAAUAAAUUUUGACUGGAUUUUCCGAAACACCCUGUACAUUUAUGGAAAAAUGUAUAGUAAGAGAAUAAUUAGCUUCAACCUUUGACUAUAACAUACCAAAAGUCCAACCCUGUAUAGUGGGUCUAAGAAAAUAAUUUUUCAAUUUUUGAAAACUAGUUUUGGUUCAGUCCUCUAGGGGUUUAAUAAAUUUUGACUGGAUUUUCCGAGACACCCUGUACAUUUAUGGCAAAAUGUAUAGUAAGAGAAUAAUUAGCUUCAACCUUUGACUAUAACAUACCAAAAGUCCAACCCUGUACAGUGGGUCUAAGAAAAUAAUUUUUCAAUUUUUGAAACCUAGUUUUGGUUCAGUCCUAUAGGGUUUAAUAGAUUUUGGCUCCAAUUUUUGAGACACCCUGUACAGUUAUAGAAAAAUGUAUAGUAAGAGAAUAGUUAGCUUCAACCUUUGACUAUAACAUACGAAAAGUCCAACCCUGUAUAGUGGGUCUAAGAAAAUAAUUUUUCAAUUUUUGAAAACUAGUUUUGGUUCAGUCCUCUAGGGUUUAAUAAAUUUUGACUGGAUUUUCCGAGACACCCUGUACAUUUAUGGAAAAAUGUGUAGUAAGAGAAUAGUUAGCUUCAACCUUUGACUAUAACAUACGAAAAGUCCAACCCUGUAUAGUGGGUCUAAGUAAAUAAUUUUUCAAUUUUUGAAAACUAGUUUUGGUUCAGUUUUAUAGGGUUUAAUAGAUUUUGUCUGGUCAAUAUUUAAUGACUGUUAAAUUUGUUUUUAAUAGUUGUCUCCCUUGUUUUCAACAAAUCGAAGGUAUGCCAGUAAUAUAAACAUUAAAAGGGACCAAGCACAGUAUCCUGUGGCACACCAUAUUCAACACAGACUGAAUUACUUAAACAAUUUUUAACUUUAACUUUUUGUGAUCUUUUAGGUAAAAAUGAUUUUAUGAGACUAUUUCCAAUUCCCCUAAUACCCAUUUCGUCCAGCCUCUAAUAGAAUAUGAUGCGCCAUGGGGCCAAAAGCCUUGGCUAAAUCCAAAAAUAUUCCCAAGGUCCUCUUACCCUUAUCCAAGUUACCUACAAGGCCUUUUGUUACCAGGCAUUUCCAGUACAAGUAUUCGUUCUUAAAGCAAAUUGGUGUUUUUACUUUGUAUGAUAUACUGUAACGCACUUUUUAACCAGUUUGGGUCUAUAAUUUGUGGUUAAUUCUAUAUUUCCUUGUUUAAGAAUAGCCACUAUAUUUGUCUUAUUAAGCACACUUGCAAAUGCAGUAGACAAUAUGCAACAGAGGUUUUAAUAGGUGUCUGUGAUUAUGUCUAUUGUUUUUUAAGCUCUUAAUUUAUUUUCUGUAAAAGAAAUUUAAGUUACUCUUAGUUCUUUCUAUAUAAUUUGGUGUUCACUUUUUUAUUUUACUUGCCAAUCUUUGCCCUAUUUUACUAAAAUAAUUAUUAAGUUCAUUAGCAAUCAAGGUGGGAUCAGUCAAGGUUCUGCUAUUUUCAUAGACAAUCAGUUUUAUUUCACAGUUUUUCGUUAUAUUAUUAGUGGCCUCUUUUACCACAUUCUAAGUAAGUAUUAAUGGGCCUCGUAUGCAGAUUCAGGUAUGCUAAGAAACACUUUUUAUUCAUUUAGUUCUAGUUUUAGUUCUAGUAAGUGAAAAAUUAAAAAGAUAAAAGAGAAUAUGUCCUACAUACUCUGCCAGGCAUUUGACGUCAUUAAUGAAGAAGAAUUCUGAAUUAACUCAACUGACUGUCCAAUAAAUUUUUUCAAGCCUACUGGAUCGUUGUUACGCUAGAUUGAAAUUCACAUAUUUUAAAACAAACCUGGCCAGGUGUGUGCACCGUUCAGUUCUCCAUCGGACCUUCGAACGGAUUCCAAAGUCUAAGACAGUCAAAAGUUUGCAAAUUUGUUUAAAAUUGUUAAGCUCUGUGCUCUAGCAAUUCAACUGUUUGUGAAAGGAAAAUUUAAUAAUUUCUUCCAAGCACUCGAUGAUUUUGAGGAAGAAGUGGGGGGUUUAGUAAAGCAACUGUCUGUCCAAUAAGAAUUCAAUAACUUCUUACAGGCAUUUGACGUUAUAUGUCAAUUAAAGAAUAAAUCAACUGCCUGUGACUGUCCAAUAAAUUUUUCCAAACCUACUGGAUCGUUGUUACACAGUCAUGGCACUCUAUUUUAAGACGAACAUGGCCUGGUGUGCACCGUUCAGUUCUCCAUCGGACCUUCGAAUAGGUUCCAGAGUCUUAGAAAGUGAAAAAUCUGCGAAUUUGUUUAAAAUUGUUAAGCCUUAGAAAAAUUAAAACGACUCUGUGCUCUAGCAAUUCUUCAAAUGUUUGUAAAAGGAAAAUUUAUUAAUUUAUUCCAAGCACUUGAUGAUAUUAAAGGAAAAAAUGAGGGAUUUAGUAAAGUAGUUGUCUACCCGAGGAAGAAUUCAAUAACUUCUUACAGGCAUUUGACGUCAUUAAAGAAGAAGAAUAAUUCUGAAUUAACUCAACUGCCUGUGACUGUCCAAUAAAUUUUUCCAAGCCUACCGGAUCGUUAUUACACAGUCAUGGCACUCUAGAUUAAAAUUCACAUAUUUUAAGACAAACAUGGCCAGGUGCGCGCACCGUUCAGUUCUCCAUCGGACCUUCGAACGGAUUCCAAAGUCCAAGACAAUUGAAAAUCAGAUCGAUAUUUAUCGAAUCAGUAAUGAUAUUUUAUUACCUAAAUUUAACUACUACUACUCCUACGUUAUCGAGGAUUUAGUUAUUUAACUGUAAACGUUUGCCAACUUAGAGAAUUAAUUCUUUCAACAAGUCUCUCUUCUUCAAUGUAAAUUUAAUAAUUGUGUUAAUUCAUUUUCUUAAAUGUUAAACAGUAAAUGUCCAAAGUAAAUUUUUUCACUUGCCCAGUAUCAAUUAUAAUUACAUUAUAUAAUUAUCGUAGUAUGUAGGUAGUACUCAAAUUGUACAAUGGAUAUAAACACACACCGUAUAGAAUUUAAUUGAAUCGUUUCCUUACCUCUGAAUGUUUCAAUAACAUCUCCAUUCAUAGUUUUCAAUGCUAAAAUAUUUAAAAAAAAACCUUUUAACUAGUCUGGCAUCAAUAAUUCCCAGAAGAAUGUAAUACCUUAAAAAUUAAGUGGGUAUGUUUGUGCACAUUCUGCUACCUGUUGUAAUCUGAUUUUCCUGCAUACUAAAACUGCCAAGACACUAUGAACAUCAGACUAUUUAUUAUAAAAAAAACUAUGAAUAUUUAUUAUCUUUAUUAAAUAUGUGCAGCUGCACAAGGUAUCAGUUAAACUGUUUAUUUUAAUCUCAAAAGUGAGGGAUGAUCUUUUGAAAUAAAAAAUUUAGUACAUUAAUAGUGGCUAUUCAUGGCAAUUAUUGGACUAAACACAUGCUGCUUCUCAGUUGUUAUAUGCGCAAUGUGAUAGAAAUGAUUCCAUUGUGAUUUAAUUCUCCCUUUUUAAUAUAAAAUAGUUAUGGCACAAGUUAGUUGUUCCUAUUGUUACUGAUAAUUUAUUACCAUAUAAUCCAGACGCUCUGCAGUAUAUUAUCUGUUACCCAAGCAUCAAUUUUGAUGCCUCACGUUUACACAUACCUCACAACUUUUUCAGGUUUCCACUUGUUGAAAUUUCUGUAUACUUGUACAUACUUAAUAAGCAAUAGACGGGUUGUUCAACUAUAUAUAUUUUUUUCAUAACUUUAUUUAUAUUUCUUACGAUAGGACGGAUGUUUGUAUUUGAAUAUAUCAUAUUUUGAUUUCGAGGCUGUUAAAUGGACAAAUUAUUGGAAGGAUUUAAGGAGAAACCAGCAGUCCAAUCUCUGUUUUUUUCUUAAUCCUUCAUAUAGGAGAACCAUGUAAAUCUCGAUAAUAAUUUUAAUUUGAUAUACAUCUUGUGAUUAUAAAUACAAUGUUUUUUUAAAA